AUGGUCAACAUAGCAGGUGCACUGCUCCCCAGUGAAAGUGGUGCACUUAAAUCAAUAACUUUAAAGACAGCAACCUGCUUUCCUGCCUCAUGUUCGGCAGCUCACAUGAAUCUUUUUGUGAGUCAGAUGUUGCAGAGGAUCCUUAUCUUGGACAUUCCCAGCUCGGCAAUGGAAAUCAGUGAUGACAGCUGCCAGACAAGUGAUAGGGAACCGUGGGAUGGACUCACUAUUUUUACGGUAGUUCUCUUAUCACUAAUGUGUGCCAUUGUGACUGUUUUUACGGCUUACGAUUACCUCUUCUGCAAAAACCAAGAUCAGCUUCCCGCUAUCGUGAAGGCUUUUUCGGCUAGAGCCAACUCUCGAGCUCUUUUCCGUAUAGUGGAGAAUAGCUCCAACCCGAAUGUCAUCAGUUGCCUCAAUGGAAUCCGUUGCCUUUCUCUCUUCUGGGUGGUUAUAAGCCAUGAGUACACGACUAGGCCAUUUUCUCCGCUUCUCAACCUCUUCCACGCUGUUCAGUGGGCCGAGCUUCCGUUCUCCAGCUUUAUUGUGCACGGAUUCUUUUCAGUGGAUUCAUUUUUCUUCCUCGGCGGAUUGUUGGUGUCCUUGAUUGCACUUCGCACAAUGGAUAAAACCAAGGGGAAACUGAAUGUGCCUCUGAUGUACCUACACCGAUUGAUCCGCAUCGUUCCCAUCCUGGCCGUGGCUAUUCUGGUCUAUACCAAACUUAUGACUGUGGUGGCAGACGGACCUCUGUUACAAAGCUAUAGUCAGAAAACAGAAUGUGAAACCGGAUGGUAUUGGACCUUGUUGUUUGUGAACAACUACACCAAUGCAAAGUGUCUCGGCCAUACCUGGUACUUGUCGGUGGAUAUGCAGUUGUUCAUUAUAUCUCCGAUCCUGCUGAUCGCUCUCUACAAAUGGGGCAAGAAGGCGGCUGCUGGAAUAUUCGUCCUUAUAGUCCUGCUUUCUGGAUGCCUCUUUGCCACGAUGAUGGUGAAUAACUACUCGAUGUUGUUAAAGAACUUCAGUGUGGAAGCCAUGCGGAAAAUGUACUUUGCCACGCACACACAUGCCACUCCUUGGCUUAUAGGGUUCUUGUUUGGGUACUUCCUGCACUUGAACAAGGGCAAGAAGUUCCAGCUAAGUUGGGUUUCUGUAUGGUCGGGGUGGAUUCUUUGCCUGGCCAUGAUUUUCACCUCGAUCUUUGCUUUAUAUCCGGAUGCAAAGUGGUCUACGCAUACGUCAACCCUUGCAGAAGCCUUCUACUACACCCUCACACGAGUGGGUUGGCCUUUAGCUCUCUGCUGGGUUGUCUUCGCCUGCAUGCAAGGACACGGGGGACUGGCCAACAGCUUUCUAUCCCCCCCGCUGUGGCAACCUUUGUCGAGGCUCUCCUACUCCAUCUACAUGUGGCAUAUGUUCAUCCAGGAGAUCAACGCGAAAAGUGUUAGGACGAACAUGUAUUUCUCCGACUACCAAGUGAUGCUCCAGUGGUGGUCAGACAUCGGUAUUUCCGUGCUGGUAGCCUUUUUGCUGUAUCUCAUCAUUGAGGCGCCUAUUGGUGGGCUUGACAUUUUUCUGCGGCCUCAAAAAAAUCCUUCUGCUGUCCAAAAAUCAACCUCUUAUCCAGUUCAGCUACAAUCAGGGCAGAAAGUAGACGAUAAUGUCCCCACUAAGCUUAAAGUGACGGAAACGGUGGUUGCAACAAAAUCUGAUUAGGAUUUCAAUUUAACUCAUUUUAUAUAAGUUUAUUUAUAUCUCUUAUUUAUAUAAAAUAGUGUUACGUGGAAUUAAAAAUUCCUAUUAUUUAUAAAG